ACUUGUUGAUUCGCCGAAGUUUCUCUACUAAUGACUCCAGAGUAACUUGAAUACAUUCAUCAGUAUAUCAUAUGGGAAACGCAGGUCCACGGGUAUAUAAGGGUUUUCAGAUAUUCGAGCAAUUCACUAUUGUUAGCAUUUGGAGGGUGAUAAAGGACGCCAACAAUUAUCCACGAAAAAUUACAGGGAAGUCGUUUUGGUUGUAACAUUACCCAUAACACUUCAUGAUCGUCAUGGUAGAGUUCACCAAGGAGUUUACAUAUUAUUUUUUAUAUACAGGGAAAUAAAACAAUUCUUUGUAUAAUUACCCAAUAUCGAUCUACAGUAUAAUAACUGAAAGUUGGUGGCAUUUGAAACAAUAUCGAAAACAUGACUCUGUCUUCCCUCAAACUGUGCAUCUGUGUGCCGAUUUCACUAGCGUUGAUUGGCCUUGCAGCUCUUUUCCUAAUUGGUAAAGAUGGAAUGACCAUGGAGUAUAAAACAAUAAGUAAAGAACAUGAACAUGGUAAUCGCCUUCACGAGAAAAGAAAUGAAAAAUCUAGGAGAUCCGUUUUGAUUAUAUACUGGAGUAAAAUAUUUAGUGACAUACCGCGCGUCAAUUUCAACCCUGUAGGUUGGCCAUAUUUCUUUGCUGGACAAAAUUGCCCGAUUAAAUGCGAACUUACAAAGGACAAACGUCGUGCCCAUGAUGCAUCAGCCUUAGUCAUUCACUCCAGAAACACAAAUGAACUUCCUCCGAAAGCUUUCCAAAAUUUAACAUGGAUUUUACACACAAACGAGAAUCCUAUUUUUACACCUUCUCUUCGCAACCCUGACAUAAUGCGGCAGUUCAAUUAUUUGACCAGUUAUCGACUAGAUUCAGACUUUCCGUGUCCGGGAUUUUUGAAGCCAAGUUUAGAACCGCCGCAGCCGUUUUCAGAAAAAACAGGAUUGGUAAUCGUGGCACUGAGUCACUGUGAACCUACACGAACACAUUAUAUUUCUGCUCUUAUGAACUACAUAGAUGUAGAUUCAUAUGGCGAGUGUCUCAAUAAUAAAGCAGGGUUGGAGAGGGAAAAGAGCAAUUCAGGGCAUGCUCUCAUGGAAAUGCAAAGGAAUUAUAAAUUUAGUUUAGUUUUCCCAAACGCAGACUGCGACUAUUAUAUGACUGAAAAAAUAUACAGUGCACUUUCAGCUGGAAGCGUACCUGUUUGGUUAGGAACGGAUAAAAUUGACGAGGUUCUUAAGUGGGGUAAUUUGAAUAAAUCCGUGAUUAAAGUAAAGGACUUUACUUCACCAAAAGCAUUAGCCGAAUAUCUGCUAAGACUGUCACAGGACGAGAAGGAGUACAAUAAAUAUUUAAAGUGGAAGUACGAGGGUUUUCAAUUCCCAAAAGAGUAUUAUACCUCGCCAAUAGGGCAGUGGUGGGACGGACUACCGCUGUACUGUAGGGAAUAUGCAUGA